UACAUCAAAUAGCAACACUUCGGAGCAGCUUUUUCAACUUCUCCCUCUUUGGUUCAUUUAAAGAUGGGAGUUAUUGCUGAUGUAAAGGACACAUUAUCGAAGGCAGUUUUCACUCCUUCCACUCUACUGUCUGGUCGAGGUGGGCUCCACAUGUGUCAGAUCGUCCUGUGUCUGGUCACCUUCGUCCUGGGCUUGUUCCGAGGAGGGAGCAGCCACACUUACUGGAACUAUGCAAUGUUCACCUGGGCCUUCUGCCCCAUCAUGACCCUCAUCAUCACCAUCAUUGAGAUGUUCAAGCUGGAUAUCCUCCUCAUCCUUUGCAUGGACUGGGCUGACUUCACCACAGGGAUGGCCAUGUCUUCUUCUCUCAUGACAGUCUCUGUCGCUAUUUUCUACGCCAACUUCUACGCCUGUCUGAAAUGCCUGUAUGGCCUGAUAGUGAGCGUGUUCGCCAUUGUGUGUGCCGUUUUGUACGUCCUUGAAGUGGUGAAGGACAAACUGUUGGACAGGAAGAAAGGGAGCUACCUGGCUGCUCUGCCUGGCUUCUGGAAGGUUCUGGAGGCAUUUGUGAGCUGCAUGAUUUUCAUUUCUCUGUCUGGUUACAGAGACAAGAUCGCUCUGAUCCUGUGUGUCAUAGCAUAUGCCAUUCCUUUCCCCAUCCUGCCUUUAAUCAUCGCCACCAACAUCCUCAAGAAACUGAAGAAGUGUUUGCCCUUUAACCUGGACAGAUUUGUCUUUAUAUUUCUGGUGAUCUCUGUAAUACUGUAUAUAUUCGCUGCCAUUAUGUAUCCCAUUUUUAUGUUCAAAAACAACCCUCGGCCCCAUGACUGCCCCCCCAGCUACUGUAUCUGGGCUAUUCAGUUUAUGGUCGCUUUUUUGACAUAUGUGAAUCUCAUUCUUUUCACACUGGAUCUCAUUUUUACCCUGCUUGGCAUCUGUGGCUUUAAACGCACUUAAACACAAUGAAGACUUUCCUGUACUCUUCCUAACUGCACAUUUAAACAACUUAGGGUUAAAAACCAUAGGGGGAUAUUGAGUAAUAACCUGAAGUAUGUCAGGAAACAGGAUAACAUUAAGCACAGAACAGAAACGUGUAAAAAAAAUCAAUUCCAAAGAUAAUAAAAAUGAGAAAGAAAUAGUUUUAAGCAGCAGGGUUUAGGGUUGCUCUUCUUUACAAACUUGUCAAUGGUGUGAAGAGUUAUUCAAAACAUGAAGAUAUUUAAGAGAUUGUACUCACCUUCGUCAACCCGAUUGUCUGUGCUUAUAGGCUGUGUCCGAAAUCACUCCCUACUCACUAUAUAGUGCACUAUACAGUGAGUAGGGAGUAGGGAAUGAGUAGUCUCUGUGUGUCCUCCCUUGUGUUGCCAGUUUGAUGUGUUUAAGUGUAACUAAGUAGUACCUGUGUGUAUGACUUUGCCUGUUUUUGACCUGCCUUUCUGUCUGUGCUCUUGGACUUUUUGUGUAUUGAACCACACGUAAAAUAAACCUGCUUUUUUGUACUCUA